AUGCAAAACAAAGCCCCACCCUUGAAAAAACAAAGAACAGACGAAUCUGUGAAACCUACCGAAUUUGAUAAGAGCAGUGAAAGUUGGAAAAGAAUUGAUUGUUUAGAAAAGAUGACAGAAAAUAAGAUAGAUACAGAUUUAUAUUCCAGACAAUUAGGAACCUACGGUUUUGAUUUAAUGAAUAAAUUAGUGAAGUUAAAUGUUUUAAUUAUAAAUGUUAAAGGUGUUGGUUUAGAGUGUGCAAAGAAUUUGAUAUUAUCUGGACCACAAUCUGUUUGUAUAUAUGAUAAUGAUAUAUGUGAAAUAAGUGAUAUUGGUGUAAAUUUUUAUAUUAAUAAGAAAGAUGUUGAAGAGAAGAGUUGUCGAAGUGAUGCUGUAUUAAAAGAAUUACAAGAAUUAAAUAAUUAUGUACAUAUAUAUAAUUAUAAAGGAGAAAUAGAAAAAAAAUGGUUAGAAAAUUUUGAUGUGGUUAUAUGUUGUGAUAUAAAUAAAGAAGAUUUAAUAAAAUAUAAUAAUAUGAUAAGAAGUAUAGAUAAAAAAAAAAUAGCAUUUUUAAGUUGCAAUAUAUAUGGAUUAUGUGGUUAUAUUUUUGUUGAUUUUAAUAAAGAUUUUAUAUGUUAUGAUUCAAAUGGAGAACAAGUUAAGAGUUGUAAUAUUAGUAAUAUUAGUAAAGAAUUAGAAGGAAAAGUUUCAUUUGAUUUUGAUAAAACAUCACCAUUUGAAGAAGGUGAUUAUGUACAAUUUAGUAAUGUAGAAGGAAUGACAGAAAUUAAUAAUAAAAUUUAUAAAAUAAAAAAUUUGAAAAAAUAUACUUUUGAAAUUGGUGAUACUAGUACAUUUAGUGAUUAUAUUAAAGGUGGAUUAUGUACACAAGUCAAAAAACAUUUGAAAUUAAAUUUUUAUCCAUAUGAAUAUAUAUGUAUGAAUCCACUAAAUAAUGAGAAUAUAUCUAAUAAUGAACACAAACCUAAUGAAAAUGAUAACAAUUUUUUAGAUAGUUGUAAUAAUAUCAUAUAUGAAAAUGUGCCUUUACCCAAUUCUUUUAUUAUAUCAGAUUAUGCUAAAUUUGAUAUGAGUAAUCAUUUACAUUAUUCUAUACAAGCUUUAAAAUGGUAUGAAUUACAAAAUGAAAAAAAGUUACCUGAAAAUUCAGAUGAAGAUGCAUUAGAAAAAAUUUAUAAUUAUGCUGUUACAUUAAAUAAUAAAGAUAAAGAACAAAAGAAAUCUUACGCUGUUGAUGAAUUAAAAAAAGAUGUUGUUUAUAAUGUUUCUAGAUAUUCUAGAGCUCAUAUUGCACCUGUGGCAUCCUUUUUUGGUGGUUUAUUAGCUCAAGAAGUUAUAAAAUUUACAGGAAAAUAUAUGCCUAUAUAUCAAUUAUUAUACUUGGACUUUUUUGAAUGUAUUUCAUUAAAUGAAAAAGUAGAUAUGAAUGAAAUUAAAAAAAUGAAUAGUAAGAAUGAUAAUAUUAUAACAGUUUUUGGAAAAUCAUUUCAAAAAAAAUUAAAUGAUUUGAAUGUCUUUUUAGUAGGUUCAGGUGCUUUAGGAUGUGAAUACGCAAAAUUGUUUUCUUUAUUAGAUAUGUGUACCAAAGGUUCUGAAGAAUGUCCUAAUAUGAAUGAAAAUAAUAUAGAUAAUAAUUCAUCUUAUUGUGGUAAACUAACCAUAACAGAUAAUGAUAAUAUAGAAGUAUCAAAUUUAAAUCGACAAUUUUUGUUUAGAAGAGAACAUGUUGGUAAAUCAAAAUCAUUAGUUUCAUCUGAAAUUAUUAAAAAAAAAAAUAAUAAUAUGAAUGUCCAAUCUUUAGAAACUAAGGUUGGUACUGAAAAUGAACAUAUAUUUAAUGAACAAUUUUGGAGUAAACAAAAUAUUAUAGUAAAUGCUUUAGAUAAUAUUCAAGCUAGACAAUAUGUUGAUAAUAAAUGUGUUUGGUAUAGUAAGCCAUUAUUUGAAUCAGGAACAUUAGGUACUAAAGGAAAUGUUCAAGUUAUUAUACCAUAUCUAACACAAUCAUAUAAUGAUAGUUAUGAUCCUCCUGAAGAUUCAAUUCCUCUUUGUACUUUGAAACAUUUUCCUUAUGAUAUUGUACAUACCAUUGAAUAUGCUAGAGAUAUAUUUCAAGGAUUAUUUUAUAAUACUCCUUUAAGUAUUAAACAAUUUUUAAAUGAUAAAGAAGAAUAUAUUAAUAAAAUACAAGAAGAAGGUAAUAAUGCAUCGUUAUUAGAAAAUUUACAAAAUGUUAUAAAUUCUUUAAAAGAAAUUUCAUCCCAAUGUAAUUUUGAUUUUUGUAUAAAGAAAUCUGUCGAAUUAUUUCAUAAUAAUUUUAUCAAUCAAAUUAAUCAACUCUUAUAUUCAUUUCCAUUAGAUUAUAAAUUAUCAAGUGGUGAAUAUUUUUGGGUCGGACAAAAAAAACCACCACAACCAAUAGUUUUUGAUGUAAAUGAUGAAAUGAUUCAAGAAUUUUUAUUAAGUACAUCUAACCUUCUUGCACAAGUAUAUAAUAUUCCUCCAUGUUUUGAUAUUAAUUAUAUUAUUAAUGUUGCUAAGAAAAUAGAAGUAAAACCUUUUGAACCUAAAAAAGUCAAAAUUAAUAUGGAUGAAAAGAAUUUAAAUAAUAUUUCCAUAUCAUUUACAGAAGAAGAAAAAAUUAUUGAUGAUUUCUGUAAAGAAUUAUUAAACAUACCAACAAAUAAUAUUAAUAUAAAUCCUAUUGAAUUUGAUAAAGAUGAACAAACCAAUUUACAUGUUAAUUUUAUUUAUUCAUUUGCAAAUUUAAGAGCUAUCAAUUAUAAAAUUAAUACAUGUGAUAAAUUAAAGGCAAAAAUAGUUGCAGGCAAAAUUAUACCUGCACUUGCUACUACUACAUCUAUUAUUACUGGUUUGGUAGGUAUUGAAUUAUUGAAAUAUGUAAAUUAUUAUGAUAAUAUACAAGCAUAUGUGAAAUUAUCAGAAGAACAAAGGAAAAAACAAAAACAUGAUGUCUUAUCUUAUUUUAAAAAUGCAUUCAUAAAUUCGGCUCUACCCUUAUUCCUUUUUUCGGAGCCUAUGCCUCCUCUAAGAAUGAUGGAUAAGGAAUAUGAUGAAUUAAUGAAGGGUCCUGUUAAGGCCAUUCCCAAUGGUUUUAGUUCAUGGGACAAGAUAGUCAUAUCGAUAAAAAAUGGUACCAUUAAAGAUUUAAUUGAUCACAUUAACGAGAAAUAUUCCAUUGAUGUAAAUUUGAUAUCUGUGGGGAAUGCAUGUUUAUUUAACUGUUAUUUGCCUGCACACAACAAGGAAAGAUUAAACAAGCCCAUACAUGAAUUAUAUAAACAAAUAUCAAAACAGAAUUUAUUGGAAGAUAAAAAUUAUAUUAUUGUUGAAGCAAGCUGUAGUGACCAAGACCUCGUAGAUGUCUUAAUACCAUCAAUUCAAUUUAUAUACAAAUGA